AUGACAAAUAACGCCAUCGCGAAGGAUUCCGAUGACUAUGAUCCCGAAACCCAACCCCUCCUACCGGGGGGCAACGACAAAUUCCAACGCCUGGGAUGGAAGCGCCUAACCAUCAUUGCGAUCGUCGAGGCUAUCGCGUUAGGAAGUCUUGGUCUUCCGUCCGCCUUCGCGGCGCUGGGCAUGGUCCCCGGUAUUAUCCUGACUGUGAGCAUCGGCUUGGUCGCCAUGUAUGCGGGCUAUAUUAUCGGCCAAGUGAAGCUUGCGUACCCCGAGAUCGCGCACUACGCAGAUGUCGGCCAUCUGAUUAUGGGGAAAUGGGGAUCGAAGAUUUUCGUCGGUAGCUUCGUUGCUCUGCUCGUGUGCGUGGUUGGAUCGCACGCUUUGACCGGUGCGAUUGCGUUCCGGACGAUCGCGCAGAGCGAUUCGUGCUCGGUCUUUUUUAGCAUUGUUUCUGCGGUAAUCUUGAUGCUCCUUGCUAUUCCACCUUCGUUCGCGGAGAUUGCCAUCUUGGGGUACAUUGAUUUUGCUUCCAUUGUUUUGGCUAUUGGGGUCACUAUGGUUGCUACUGGGAUUCAGAGCUCGGGCUCCUCGGAUUGGUCGGCGUGGCCGAAGCCGGGCAUCUCUUUCACGUCCGCUAUAGUGGCUACCAACAAUAUUGUGUUUGCGUACUCGUUUGCUGGAUGUCUGCCCUCGUUUAUGGAGGAUAUGCAUACCCCCGAAGACUACACUAAGGCGAUGUGGUGGCUAGGUGGAGUUCAGAUCGUGAUUUAUACUCUCACUGGGUCGAUCAUCUAUGCCUUUGUGGGACAGAGCGUGCAGUCGCCGGCUUUGCUGUCGGCUGGCCCUCUGCUCUCAAGAGUUGUAUUUGGACUGGCCCUUCCGGUCAUCUUCAUCUCGGGCUCUAUCAACAUCACAGUGGUUUGCCGAUACAUCCAUGGAAAGAUGUAUCAGAAGUCCAUUGCCCGCUUUAUCAAUACGCCGAAAGGCUGGGUCACAUGGCUCAGCCUCGUCCUCUUUAUAACGGUGGUGGCAUGGAUUAUUGCUGAGGCUAUUCCCAUUUUCUCGGACUUGCUGUCCAUUAUAUCAUCGCUUUUUGUUUCUGGUCUUUCCUUCUAUUUCCCUCCGGUUAUGUGGUACAUGCUCUUGCGGGAAGGCGCAUGGUACGAAAAACAUAACCUGAAGACGGCCAUCUGCAAUGGUGUGGUAUUUGUGAUUGGCAUGAUUAUUUUCUGCUGUGGUACAUAUGCAAGUAUCGCUGAUCUGGUGAGACUACUUCCUUCGGUUCCGAAUGACCCUUCACUAAUCACAUCCCAGGUCCAUGAAUUUCAAUCAGGAUCCAUUGGCAAACCUUUUACAUGCUCGGCCUAG